UUAGUAGGCUUGUAGCUUCUUGCAUAAAAAAUCUAAAGAAAGAAGAGCUAGGCCAACAACAUUGAAAGCUAUCAAGAGGGAAUCAAUUCCCUUUGCAGGCUGCAGCAAUAUAUCGUCAUCACCUUAUGAAAAGUAACAUUGGAUAUUAAACAUCAAUUUGAAAAUGUACACAGUAGAGAGAUUCUGGGAACUAGGAGCUUUGAAAAAUUGCAGCCUUUGCUAAAUAGCAAUAUAUUUUCUCCCAGUUCAUUUUAAAAUUCUGAAAGAGAAAAAACUACCUGAAGAAGUUAAUUUAAACAUCACAUUUGUCUUUCUCUCCUUCCACCUUUUCUUGAAAGCCUUUAUCUCAGCUUCAAGCCUUCAACCCUCUCUUUUACAGGUUUGUGAAAUCUUACAUCUCUCCCCUCGUGUGUGCAGUAGAAGAAUAUGGCUACCAAUGGUCCACUUAAGAGAAAAUCUCCACCAGAUGAUGAUUCUGUCAACUUAAAAAUCAAACUUCAGGAUGGGCGUAAUUUGUUCUUCAAGGUGAACCGGGAUUUGAAGUUAAUUAAUGUAUUCAAAGAAUUCUGUGAUCGACAGAAUUUGGAUUACGAGACGCUGAAGUUCAUUUAUGACGGUUUUAACAUUAAGGGGAAACAUACAGCAAGAAUGCUUAAUAUGGAAGAUGAUGCUGAGAUCGUGGCCAUAAGAUCACAAAUUGGAGGUGGUGCUGCAGCACUUUGACUCUUGAAAGCAUUAGCUAGGAAAUGGUUGUUGUAAUAUUGCUUGGAUCGAGUUUGUUAAUUUGCUUAACUGAUAUGGUACAUUAAUUAUCAGAAAAAAAAAUACGCACCUUAACUCCUUGUAUACCAAGCUUAUAUGUUAAACUUGAGAGGUAGUAGUAACUAAUGUACUCAACAAAACUGAAGACUAAUUAAGGACUUAGGAGAGAAUUUUUAGUAUUAUCAUUUUUAUUA